AUGAUCUGUUGCUUAUGUCGCUAUCAACGUCGUAGUCUUUCCUACCACUGUGGCCGUCGUCCAAUCCCGACAUCCCUCAGCGGAAGUCAAGUGCCGCCAUCGCUACUGCUGUUGCUUUUGAUGUUAUUGUUGCUUCUGUCGGCGCAUGCGGGCACAGCAACUGCAUCCACCUGUAACUACCACGACAUGACAGCAAUGAAGACAGUUAAGAGCGUUUGGGAAUCGGAGUUCAUCUCUACAAUUGACGGGGACGAACACACGGAAAUUCGAUUUCAAAAGGGCUACAUGCUCGCCGUGCGCGUCUUUCAGACCUCAUACGGCAGCAAUUUUACAGAGAUGCACUACGCCCGCAAGUGCAUUGCCAAAAUGGGUGACAACAAGUUUAUGGUGCGUCACGAGGAACCGGGAAAGCUAGCUACGUAUGUCUGCAUUGAGUUCGUCAAGCGAGGUAUAUCCGUCGUGCAAAUACGGGAAUCCGAGUACCGACCCGAACUUGAUUUGCAGUUUUGCCAGGAUCACCGACUCGAUAUCAACCCCUGGCCGCUUAUCCUACGUUUGAGAAUCGAAGAUGAGUAUGUGCUAUGUCCCUUGCAAGGUGGAUACAACAUGAAAAUCACAAAUGCCAACGGUAUGCCGAAUGGGUGCAAUAUGAAAGCUUUACCGAUGCGGCUUGAAAGUGAAUGUAUCUCUGGUGAAGGCAUGGUAUUUGACUUUCGUUCCAAAUCCUGCCUUCAAGGCACACCGAUGGAUAUUAGCACGAAUAUCAUUUGUGUCACUGAAUGGUGGGACAGUGGAUACACGUUCACUAUUGUUCGGAGCCACAAAGGGCAGGUAUGGUGCCUGCGUACAAAUAACGGAACAGGAAAUAGAGACGAAAUUACUUCGGAAUUGUUCUUCGACUUGGUCUGCGCCCGGGGCCCCAAAGAUUUCAUGGGUUGGACCAGAAGUAGUGGAGGUGCAGGGGGAGGUAGAAAGACGGGACACGCCGGCAAUCAGAGGCACGACACGAUCAGUUUUAUAACUAUGAACCUUGAGCGGGUCACACAUACAAACCUCUGUCAGGACGAAUACAGAGAGUGUUCACACAUGGCCUGCCCGAAAUACAUUGAGAAUGAAUGUCCGCUUAGUUGCCGAAAGUGCAGUCCUAGAAUGCCACCACCCGUCUGUUCCUUUCCCAGCAGCCUCCGCGGCGUCUGGUACCAGCGAGAUUAUGAUGGCGGUCGGGUAAUUCACAUUGGCGAAUCGACGUUUCAUAUUGAACGCGUUGGAAAUUUCAAAUGUAUCUCCUUGAAUAAGGUGUCGACUCGAAGUGAGGGUCGCUAUUCGGUCGUGUCUACCUUCCGUAACGGGUGUCGACCAAGAUAUUCUUGCAUUCAAAUAAAAGAUAUUUCGCCGAUGGUCAUGGGAUAUGUUUUGUCUAGUAGUUACGGCUGGCCGCUUCUUGAUGAAGAACUCAAGAAAUCAAUAUGUGCGGACCAGCGGUUUGUACCUGAUGUGAAACCAAUUCGGGACACUUAUCGAUCUUUUCCUGACUCACUCAAGCCUAUCGUAUCAAGAAGUCGUUAUUCCCAAUUUGAAGAUUGUGGAUUCAGGACUAGUUAUGAAAUUCGAUUGGCCUUAAAACCUGGAGUUGGUUGUUAUGGAAGCAUGUUUCAAGAUUGUUUGGACAACACCAAGUUUCGCAUCGAGAUGAAGGACUGCUCGGCUCAUAACCCCGUCACGGACUAUUAUUGCUUGUCUAGAUUCAAAACGAACUACUGGGAAAGCGCAGUGUUACUUCAGAACAGAGACAAUAUCACCGACGUGAUCUGUUUACUUUUUAGUGAGAUGAAAGAAAAAGAGGUCCUUGUGAUGGCGGCUUCUCAGUGUAGCCGGAUUGCCGGUAUUUUCGUCCGAGCAAAAAUUAUGAAGCCCUUACUUGUGUAUACGAUUAUGCCUGAAGUAUAUCCUUGCAAAGACAUACCAGUCCGUACUACAACACCGCCUCCAGUUACCCGGAUGGUUCACCUCCAUCAUAAAAACGAAAGGGCCGGUAACGGGGAUUACAAACAAAACGCCAAAACCCACCCGAACCCAAUUGGAAUCCCAGGAAUUCUUUCAGUCUACAAGGAAAACCACGAAAGAAACAAUGAACACAAGGGAGGAGACGGAGAGCAAGGAAGCGGAAGUGGCGCUUUAUGUAAGUAUCUAUCUAUCUAUCUAUCUAUCUAUCUGCUUCAUACGUCCAAUAUACAGGAAAAUGCAUUACUAUCUCUUGUAUAA